UCGGUGCCGUCACCCUGCUCGACCCGCCCCACCGACCGAGGCGGCGCUCGGCUGCCUGACGUCACCGCUCAGUACUCCCAAGAUGGCGGCUCGUUGCCUGGCGGCGGCGCGGUUUGUGAUCCCUGGUGUGAGUCGAACUUCAGCUCGUAGGUUCCACUUUGCUGUCUAUGGGAAGCAUAACAAAAAUGCAGCAAAAGUUUCAAAUGCAAUCUCCACUCAAUAUCCCGUGGUUGAUCAUGAAUUUGAUGCAGUAGUUGUUGGAGCAGGUGGUGCUGGUUUGCGAGCAGCUUUUGGUUUGUCUGAAGCUGGCUUCAACACUGCCUGUGUUACAAAACUGUUUCCUACCAGAUCACACACUGUUGCUGCACAGGGUGGAAUAAAUGCAGCUCUGGGUAACAUGGAGAGUGAUGACUGGAGGUGGCACUUUUAUGAUACAGUAAAAGGAUCUGAUUGGUUAGGAGACCAGGAUGCAAUCCACUACAUGACUGAGCAGGCACCAGCUGCUGUCAUUGAGCUUGAAAACUAUGGGAUGCCUUUUAGUAGGACAGAGUCAGGCAAGAUUUACCAGCGCGCAUUUGGUGGGCAGAGCCUGCAGUUUGGAAAAGGGGGACAGGCUCAUCGCUGCUGUUGUGUUGCAGACCGGACGGGACACUCUUUGCUGCAUACGUUGUAUGGCAGGUCAUUGCGCUAUGACACCAGUUACUUUGUUGAAUACUUUGCCUUGGAUCUUCUGAUGGAGAAUGGAGAGUGUCGAGGUGUUAUUGCACUGUGUAUGGAAGAUGGAUCUAUUCACCGAUUUCGAGCCAAUAACACCGUGCUCGCUACUGGUGGGUAUGGAAGAACUUACUUCAGCUGCACUUCAGCACACACGAGCACUGGAGAUGGAUGUGCCAUGGUCACGCGGGCUGGAUUAUCAAACCAGGACCUAGAGUUUGUCCAGUUUCAUCCCACGGGAAUCUAUGGUGCUGGUUGUCUGAUUACUGAAGGAUGUCGUGGCGAAGGAGGAAUUCUCAUCAACGGUGAAGGAGAGAGAUUUAUGGAGCGUUAUGCUCCUGUUGCGAAGGAUCUUGCUUCAAGAGAUGUCGUUUCGCGAUCCAUGACAAUUGAAAUUCGGGAAGGACGAGGAUGUGGACCUGAAAAAGACCAUGUUUACCUACAGCUGCACCACCUGCCUCCCGAGCAGCUAGCAAUGCGACUGCCUGGUAUUUCAGAAACUGCCAUGAUUUUUGCUGGCGUGGAUGUCACCAAAGAGCCAAUUCCAGUUCUUCCAACUGUGCAUUACAAUAUGGGGGGUAUUCCCACCAACUACAAAGGACAGGUGAUUAAGCAUGUAAAUGGUAAAGAUGUUGUAGUACCUGGCCUCUAUGCUUGUGGUGAAGCUGCCAGUUCUUCGGUUCAUGGAGCUAAUCGGCUUGGAGCAAAUUCCUUACUCGACUUGGUGGUGUUUGGUCGUGCCUGUGCCCUCACCAUUGCAGAAACGUCCACGCCUGGAGAAACUCUUGCACCAAUUGAUCCAAACGCUGGAGAGGAGUCGGUGGCGAAUCUUGACAGAAUGCGAUUUGCUGAUGGAAGCACUCGCACGUCUGAACUCCGUCUGAGCAUGCAGAAGUGCAUGCAAAGUCACGCGGCAGUGUUCCGCACAGGGUCUGUGCUCAAAGAAGGCUGUGAAAAGUUGAGCAGUUUGUAUGAUUCCUUGAGUGACAUCAAGACAUUUGACAGAGGUAUUGUUUGGAAUUCUGACCUGGUUGAAACCUUGGAGCUACAAAAUUUGAUGCUUUGUGCCCUGCAGACUAUCUACAGUGCAGAGGCUCGCAAAGAAAGCAGGGGAGCGCAUGCCCGGGAGGAUUUCAAGGUGAGAAUCGACGAAUAUGACUUUUCAAAACCAUUGCAAGGUCAAGAAAAAAGAUCAUUCAGUGAACAUUGGCGAAAACACACACUCUCAUCUAUGAAUCCAAAAACUGGAAAGGUAACUCUGGACUACAGACCUGUAAUUGAUACAACGUUGGAUGCAGAAGAAUGUGCCUCAGUUCCACCAGCAAUACGCUCUUAUUAGUAAAUUACACUGGCAUAUCCAUUGCAGACUGAACUGGUGUAAUAAAAUCACUUUUUCUGUUGUUUUAUUUAAUAAAAUUCUAUGUACUUUGUAUUGACAAGAUAUGAUCCUAUCUGAACUGUUCCUAUUUUCUAACUAUAGCCUGUAUUGUAAAAGAUGAGCUCCAUCUUCUACAUCAUUGUGACUGCUAAAAAUGCAAGCAACGCUCUAUGUAUCUGUAUCCAUAAAAAUGCUUUCUCUUUUUAAGUAGAAUGCAUAAUUACUGCCAUAGCAUUGGGAAGCAUGUACUCUGAAGAUGCUUGAGGCUUCUUUGUGAGCUCAAUAAAAAAAUUAGUUAUGUGGUGACAUAAUGGACCUGAUAUUGUAAAAUUCUAUCUCUGAAUAAUUAUUUUUUCCAUUGACAAUAAAAGUUGACAAUGAAUCUGGUUAUGUUGUGGGGCAUUUUCCUCUGUGUGCAAGCACAAGUGAACAAUAUCCAUGUAGCAGAACCAUGAGAGUGCUGUGGAACAAUGCUUGUAUUCUUUGGUUUGGUUGGUUUACCGUUGUAAAAACUUGAAUGUUCAGAUAGAUAUACCUACAUCGACAUUCUGAAUAAAGCAGGACUCAACACUCCUGAA